CCCCUAUUUAUUCUUAUUGCAUGUUGUUAGAAGUAGUACCAAUAGGAAUGGAUUAAUAAAGUAGAGUCAGUGUGGGGUUCAUCACAGAGUAUUCUCCCCUGAAUGCUGCAUUUGAGUGAGGGGGCUUUUUGGUUGGAGUCCACAUAUGUAAGCAGUAACUUAAGAUGGCAGCCAGCAGGGCAGGAAAUUGGAAGAGGUGGAGGAGAGACUGCAGGCUGGUGCUAGAAAGACUGAGGUGCAAAUAGAUAUAGUACCCUAUCUGUUCUCUGCUUCUUCCCUUCCUCCCAUGCACUUAACUACAAAUGAAAACUUUAUAAUAAACUUACCUGAUUUGCAGAUCUCACAGAGGAAGAUAUCCAAAACUCUGACAACAGGUCAGAAUUUCAUCACUGUUCAUACCUGACAGACCUGGGAUUCAAAGCUCUGGCUUUCUACUUCUAAAGGUUUUAUGGCUACAGCAACGUUGGUGAUUAGGGAAUGCCAGGACUCACUCAUUUUUUUCAAUGAAGAGUGUUCACUACAGAUCUUUCUUUAAUGCACAAAGUAGUAUUUCACAUGAAAAAUUGACAGGUUUUAUUUUUCCAAACUGUGCACUCUUUUUGUUUGGAGGAGUGUGAAAGCAGAUAUCCUGCAUUCAGAGACAUGGGGGGUUUUCAUGAUCAUCCCGAGCCCUCUCUUUCCACCUCCUGGUAAAUGGGUGUAUGUGCCUUGCCAGGAAGUAGAGCAGGAAAGCAGGGAUUUGCAUGGUAUUUCUGGCACUAAGAACAGCCUUUUAUUCCUGUAGUGUCAUACAGUAAGGCUGUUCCCUACUAGAGGGAAAAGAUUUGGAGCUGUUACUUGAAAUCGGUUAUCUCAUGUCAUGAAGUUCAAAACUAGUCGUGCUGUCCCCGAAUUUGCGUACCCACCUCGUGAUCUUUUUCUCAGUGAUGCUUCUAGGUUUGGGGAAUUUUCUGGGCUAUUGAAUAUUUGAUGCUCUGAUUUCAAAACUCAUAAUGUUGAUUUCCUGCCUUAAUAGAAAAACAAAGCUGUAUUUCAGAAGGCAGAUGUUUAAAAGAUAACGCUGUCAAGUGCAGGCAACCAUUGGUAUCUUCUUUUACCCCCAUUUUCCCUGUCAUUUCUCCAGUUUGUGCAGUUUGUGGGGUAGUUAGUGGUACUUCAUUCAAGUUGGGUUUUCAGUGUUGUGCAACGUCAGGUUCCUUAUUCAUAAAACAAAGAAACAAAAAUCUCCUGGGGAUAAAAGAAAGCUCUUCCUCCUUAAAUAGCAGACAGAAAGUGAAGGGAUUGGGUUGGUGUUGUUUUUUUUUGUUUUUGUUUUUUUUUUUUGUCUUUGCAUUUCUCUGUGUAAUUACUCUGUCUGCAGGAGAGAGGACGACUCGGCGUGGUUUGUCCUUGAUUAUCUUUCUUAAAGACACGGUUACGCAGACAGUGCUGGCGGCUCUCAUCUAAGGCUGGGCAGCUGGGAGCUCUCAGUUGUGUGAGAAUCGGGGGAGCAUAUGGCCCCUUGGUUCACCGAACGCGGGUCCCAGUCCCGGAGCAGCCGCCUCUGGCUGGGGACCGGGAGGUGGAGCCUGCCUGCUCACCGCCGCAGCGACUUGCCUUCUGCUUUCUCUCUGCCGGCUGUGCAUUGGCUCUCCGUGCCACGCGUGCCGUUCCUCGGAGUGGAAUAGGCAGGGCGUGCUCGCAGACCGCGGUCCAAACUGCAGUUUCUAUUUGGGGUGCCCAGGGAGAAGAGCACCGGGAAGGAAAGACAGCACCAGUGCCAUGGGUCAGCUUUGCUGCUUCCCUUUCUCAAGAGAGGAGGCAAAAAUCAGUGAUAAGAAUGGAGGUGAGCCUGAUGAUGCUGAACUGGUAAGGCUCAGUAAGAGGCUGGUGGAGAACGCGGUGCUCAAGGCUGUCCAGCAGUAUCUGGAAGAAACACAGAACAAAAGCAAGCCAGGGGAUGGGAGCUCUGUGAAAACUCAAGAGGCUGAUAGGAAUGGCACUGACAGUGACAACAACAGGAAAUGAGACCCCAAUGCAGGCAGGCCCCCACGCUGCUCCGUGAGAAGCAUCCGGCUCCCCUCUGCUGAGUCAACGGACUACUUUGCAUUGUGCUGUUUAAAUGUCUCUUGUCCAAGCUGUGGAGAUCGCCUAAUACUUUCGUGAUCAAUGUGUUUGCAUUUCUGAAGCACAACAGAAGAGAAUGGAGUGCCGUGGCUAGCAGAGGAAACUCACUUAUGAAAGAAUGGCCCAAGUUUCACUUACCCUCAGCCAUGGCCAAGGGAGAGGGGACUUUGGGUUAUGCCUCAUGGACUCAAAUUAAAGGCCUUGGAAGGGGCCUUGCCAUAAAUGGAAUACUGCCAUUUAUAUUGCUUAGCAGGGCAUUUGACCACUUUACCUGAGGCCAAAACACACACACAGCUAACAAGUGCUAAGUUUAAAAUAAUCACUGUUGAAAUCGUUUUCCAUACUGUCAGUCCAUAAUGUCUCACACUUGUCCUGUGUCUGCUGUGGCUGUGCAGUGAUUUUUAUUUACCGUAAAUUCGUUUCAUGCAAAUUAUAUAUUUUUGGCAAAAUGCAACAUUUUCUAUAACAUGUGGGCAACAUUUUAAAGGUUUCUUUUAGCCUUCUUUUGAUAAGUCAGUGUGCCAUAUUUAAUGUCUUUCACUGGCAUUUGUAUGUAAAAUGUAUUAUAUAAUUUUUUUUUCCCCUAGGCAAGAAACCUAUUGGAUUCCGGGACUUAAUUAAUGAAGCUUUGCGUCGAGAAAGGAUGGGUCUGAAGUCCAAAGUGAAACAGAUAAAGGAACUUUUAUUAAAACCUGAGACUCAGGCCAGGAUUAGGAGGGAGCUUUUUGAAGGAAGAUCUGUUAACAACAGUAAUCAAGGAAACCAGGUUGAUUUCGGCGCAACUUUGACGUAAGCGCUACGCUGUUAUCACGGUACCAUAGUUAAUGAAACCUUUUCAGAUGAUUUCAUAGGUCUUUGGUAAAUACCAAAAAGUGUUUUCAUAGUGUCCACACAACAGCAAACCAACAUUUGGUAAGGAAUGAAUAAUUUCCUGCCAAAGAAAACAGAUUCUGCCCUGUUAUGUUUUAAACUCAACUUGUGUUCUGGUAUGUUUGUUUCUGUACUAUCAAAAGUUACUUUAUAGAAAGGACUUCUUAAUUAGCUGUUGUGAGAUGUUCCUUGGGUUCUCACAGAUAAAAUACACAGACUGUGAAAAAUCAUUUACAUACAAAAAAAAAUACAGUGUUUUAAGGAUCACUUGCCUUCUGUUGAUGUGAUUUUUGUUGUCAUUAAAUCAGAAGUAGUAUUGUCCACAUAUGUCUGUAUCUAGUGUUACUUUUAAUGGGGAUUUGAAUGUUUAUUGAACAUUAGUACUUGAAUGAACAUUUAUAAGUGUAAUUAUUACAAUUACUGGUUAAGAAUGUUUUAUAAUAUCCAUAUGUAUUAUUUUUCAAUGAUCAAAAUGUAGUUUGCUUUUUCAUUUCUUAAUGAAUAAAUGUUUGGGAUUUUUAUUUUCUACUUUUCUGAAGAUAAGCCCUAGGUCUUACUGUAUCCCUUAUAAUCUGAAUUUGUUUGCACUGGUUCAUUUUUAAAGAAAAUUCUUGAAAAAGUUCCCCCCACGUGAUAAUCUUUGGUAACAGCUUUUUCUAUGGUCAUUGCAAAAUGGCUGCUACUAAGAGAUCAUGUUGGAGAGGAAAUUAUUGGAGAUCAAGUAUGUAAUCAUUUCAGAUACAAAAUCCAGCUUACUCAUGGAUUUUAGCUAUUUUUUCACUGGGUAAAUUCUACAUUUAUUUAUAAAUGAGUUUAUGCAUUUUCAUGCCUCUUAAUAAAUGUAUUGUUUUUCCCUU